AAUCGAACAUUACCAGCCUAGCCGGUAGUGCGUGUUGUACGUUACGUUGUCGUCGUGUGUCCUCCGACUUAUUUAUUUAUAUUUAUUUUCGUUUCAAAAUAACAAAAAGAAAACAACAACCGGCGAAUGUGAGAUUCUGUGUUGUCAGUUUAGUCUUUUCAUUUCGUAACUAUCCAACUUGGGUUGGGCUUUUGGUUUUUCAUCUCCACAUCAAUUUGAAAAUGUUUUCAUAACAAAAGUUACUUUAAACUUAACCAAGUCUCAAAAAAGAAAACAACAAUAGGAAUAAGUCGUAUCUUCCUCCUAGAGGUAAUACCUACAUACCUAUGUUUAUGUCGUCCUAACCAAUCCUUCGUGCAGUGCAAGAAAACGUAACCCAAUCUAGAGCCCUUUGCUCUGCCUAUAAUUAUAAUUCACACACAGCAGAUGCCGACAGUCACUCCGUCCGGCUCACUCCGGGAAAAGACGCAGGAAAAAAAGUAGUUAUUCCAGUUUUUGUCAUUUCGUUCGCCUCGUUGUUGCUCUGUCCGUUCCGUGCUCCGUGUUCGUUUGGUUUUUUUUUGUUUAAAUAUUUUGUAUUCCCUCCUCUCGUUUUCUAGUUAUUUGUUAAGAAUGAAGAAGUGAAAAGGUGCUGCUGCUACGGCUACACUACCACGAACCGAAUCCCAGGAAUCAGCACACAAAAAUCAAAUCAGUGGGGAGUAGUUUUUUUUUUUAAACAAGAGCUUCAAGUGGAUAGAAGGGUAAAUCGUGAGAUUUAGUUUUGUGAGUUGAGUUCUUGAAAACUAGUGCUAUGUUUAAUAGAUGCUCUUAAAGUUCUGUCUAUAAUAAUGAGUUGAUGUUAGUUAAGAAGAGGUGAUUAAAUAAUGCCAUUCGUACAACGCGUUAUCCAACCAACCUAUCUGUCGCGCUCUCAUGGCACUCGCAAUUCUGACCAUCGUCCAAGGACAACGGGUGCGGUCGUUGUCUCUCGCCAAAAAACCACCCAAAGCCAAAACCCAAACACUGCCUCCAUAGCCACCUCUUCUGUUGCCACAACAACAACAACCCGAGUUCUUGUGCAUUCCAAUGCUGUUGUAGCAAGUGUUGAACCAUCUGUUAGCAGCAAUGCUGCAACACUUUACAACCACCAAGAUGAUGCCUCUUCCUCUUCUUUGCAUAGUCCACCAUCUUCUACUUCUACCACCAAUUGUUGUUGUACAGGAAUUGGAGUUGGAGUGAACUCUACCAAACAGCACCAGAAGUAUACGCAACAAUGUUGCAACACUGAUGCUGCUGGCAUCAAUAACAACAACAACAACAAUAACAACAACACCAGCAGCAAAAGCAAAGGUAUAAUUGGAAGCUGCUGCAAUGGCAAAACCAACUCGCUAAGCAGCUUCAGCUAUUCUGCAGACAUUGAUAUCGAGGUAGUUGACGAUGAAGUUGAUUCGAGUGCACCAAUUCCGCCAGCAAACAGACCCAGACAUCCAUCGAGAUGCCGAGCAGGAGUUUCAUCUAUGGAGGAACGACACAAAUCCAACAAUCGACACGAAAGAGAAGAAUACAGAGAACAAAAUGACGACGAGGAUGAAUUAAAGGAAUUCCUAACAAGCAGCAGCAACAAGAGAUCCGGUUAUGGUGCUGGCAUUGAUUGUUAUUCCUCAUGCAAUGGCGGGAGCAAUAGCUUACAACAAGCCUCAAACAAACUCAAGACAGUAGACAAUGAUGAUGAUGGUGAUGGCGAUGAUGAUGAUGAUGCUGACGAAGAUGAAGAUGAAAAUAAUGUUGAUGUGGAAGACGAUGAAGAUGAAGAUGCUGCUGUAACUAUAAAUCAAACUCCGCCAAUAGUAACUGGCUAUGAACUGGAAUCGAUCAGUAAUAUUACUCUAAGCAAUGCACUGAGGCAGUUAGCUUCUUUGGUUAUAAUUGCCAGUGACAUUUUUCAUAAUCUCAAUAAGGAGCUACAAAAUGUUGGCGAUCGAACGAGAGGCAUUAAAGCUAAGAUUGACUUGUUGGACAGAAAAGUCACUGAUUUUGAUCCUAAAUUGGUCACAGUUCCUGAGAGUGACCUGGGAACAUUCGCGCAACGUAAAACUCAUUAUCAUUGCGACAAGUCAUUCCAUAAAGAGCUAUUUACCAGCGAAACUCGUCCUACCAGCGUUAAAGUGCUAUACGAGGAAGCAGCAAAGAUCUCAGAGUGCCGGUUACAAGCGUCUCGAUAUGACACAACAACAACAUCAACUACUACAACGGCAGUGGACAACAGCUGCACAGGUGCGCUGGACGAACUGGUUUGUACGCCCGUUUUUGGGAAGGCUAAUCGCAAGAUGAGAACUAGAAUUGAUGCUGAAAUUGAAAUAAGAUUGCCGGCCGGUAUUGAAGACCUUCGAAAGUGGACAUCAUCCGAAGCAUUAGGUGAUGUAACAGUUACGCCCGAUUGUAUGAAUCGUGUAGAUGCAUCCAUAAGUACAUCGAUGAAUAUUGGUGAUAAUGGAGUCCUAACGCCAGCCCUAUCUCCGUCCGUGUUAUCAGCUGAUGCUGUUGACGCAAUUUAUUCCAUAAAUAAUAGUAAUGAUAAUUUGCAUAUUCCUAAUGACAUAAACAAAGAUGUGCCUUUAAACCAUCGACUGCCUUCCCCGGAGGAACAAUGUAAACUGUUAGCUUUAAGAUAUCCUGCCGAAGUUAUCUCAGUGGACACAUCUGGAAAACGUUUUGAACGCAUGUGCCUGGCCAGAAAAUCAACCACUGGCUGUGCCCUUGGCAUGUCCGAGAGCAAUAAUUUGAACGAUGACGUGCAAACGGUCAGUCGCCGUUCGAGAUCACGUAAGGUUCGUGGCAAACGAAGGAAUACAAUCGCAGGAAUCGAUCAAAAAGAGAUUCAGGAUGCAGCUAAUGGGACGGAUACCCAUGAUAGCGGUAAGAAUAGUUUAGCAGGACCGACAACAACAGGUGACAUCGUCAAUCCCAAUGACGGCUAUAAUAUGUCCGCCAAUGAGGAAAAGAAUAAGUUUGGUCGAAGUAAGUCAAGCGACAUCUUAAAAAAAGAAUCUGUUGCCUUGCCAUAUGAUAAAGGGAAGAGCACUCUGACGCGCUUAAACUCCCUCAAGCAAUGGGGUCGUAAUCGUUUUAAAUUUAUAACGCCUAGUGGUGGUAAGUCGGGGCACAAUAACAACAACAGCAACAAUAGCAGCAAAUCAUCACCGCCAAAGACAGGAGCGGUAGCACAGAGUACUGAUAUUGACAUCGACGAUGAAUGCACUGUGCACGAGCUGACAAGCAAAAAGAAUGAACUUUUCGAAAAGGAAGGUAGAUUUUCGCACGAACGAAAACCUUCUUAUUCCUCGUCAGAGAAGAGCGUUUCCUUGGCCAGUAAUGGUGGCAAGACGUCGCAGGGGGUUGCGCAGAAAUUAGUGGCACUCGGCAGCGGCAAUGUCAAAUUACGCGACACCUCGUCCUUGAAUCGUCAACGACGGAACGGUAUCAAUGGCCAUACCAAGGAUGAGCCACAUUCUUCUAGUGGCAAUUGGAGCGCCAGUUCAGAGUCGGGCCGCACUUCGAUUGGCAGCGAAAUCACUAUCCAACCCAAGUCGAGUGCUUCUAAUACGUCCCUGAAUGUAAGUAGCUUCCAUCCGGGCAGCGGCCCACCCAGUUCUAUAAUAAGCCGGCGACGAUUCUUAAACACAUCGGCGUCAAGCAGUGUCACCAGUGAAGGUACUGCCACCCCAGACUUGCAGGUAAAUGACGACGACGAGACUAGCUCGGCAUAUUCCUGUGACACAGAAGGCUAUUACACCUCGUUCCACAUGGAUUCGGGGUUGCGAACUUUGAAAGAAGAAGAACCAAUGUCGCCAUUGCAGACAAGUUCAACCCACCCCAGUAAUUACUCCUUUGGCAGUGUGUCAAAUCAGACCGUCCUAACGGCCGAAAAUGAAUACGAGUUAUUUGGCAGAGGUUCAACAUCCACCACCACCAGUUCAGCUGGCACCGUCUGCACUACUCUCUUAGUAAACGACCACGGGCCAGAUGUACCCGAGCGCAUUAGUUCCCUUUCCAAACUGAACAAUAGUGCUAGCACAAGUACUCUCGAACGAAGUUACUCGAGCAGCACAGUGGGAAGUACAUUAGAGCGAACUGGCACAAUAAAGAGAAACAUCUUGGCAACAACAACAGCAGCGCCAAAAGAUGCGGAAGGCAUAAACACUUCCACAACAGACUCUUCGCCGGCAAGCCAAGAAAGUGAUUUCACCUUUGAAACGCGCAUAGCCGAGCGCUCCGCCCAACCCCUGCCCUCUUCUGAAGUCGAGUACUCUGAGAGCUCAGACUUAGAAGGCGUGGAACGUAUUGAAAGAAUCAAACAAAAGACUGCCAUGACCGCCAAACGUAUUCCAUCCAUGUGCAUAAUCACUCCAUCAACCAGCGACGAUGAGAAUAUCAAAGAAACAACAACCGUCGUUAAUUAUGCAACCCCAUAUGCCACCGUUGGCAUCGAUAUGAUUGAUCCAUCAAAAAAAGAUCACAAUCUAAACCACUUGAAGCGCACUCUGCAGCAUCCACUUCACAAUAUGCUCGAUAAGCUAAAAGUCGUCCUUCCCAAUAAGAGAAAAUCCCCCGCCAAGCAGGAUGAUGCCACCAUUUAUGAUGCUGCAGGUGAAUAUGUUACCAUUGCUGAUAUAAGCAACAACAACAACAACCACACUAAAAAGCCAGCAGGAAAUCUUGGAAUCUACUAUUCCAAUGACAUAGUUCGUCGCAAUUUAGAUCCCACUCUAAGUUCGGUGGGGAACGCUGCUGCCGCCGCCAACAAAACCGUUGGCAGUAUUGAAAAGAAGGAAUAUGUUUCCUUGAAUGAAUUGCCAUGCAAUAUUCGCCGCAACCAGGCGAAAGGCAACACAGUAGCGCAUCCCUUUGCACUGCCAACAAUUAGGAGCGCAACCGAAAAAAUCAAUAGUCAGUCAUCGUGCGCAGCAUCAGGAAAUGAUUUCGACGAAGACGACAACAACCCAGGACGAGCAGUAUUGUCAGCAUCAUCCCCUUAUGGCAGCAGAGAAGAGGACGAAAUAUCAACAACAGCCCCAUUACCAACAGUGGCGGUGGCGGCGAAUAAGGGUGCGCGUGUCAAGAUGAAUUCGCAGGGGAAAGCAAUUUACGAUUCAGAUAGUUUGAAACGUCGCAAAGGAGCGCAUACAACAUUCGCACCUGGACCGUACGUAAAAGAAACCGAAAGUGCUCUGCUAUUUAACGACCAUUACCAGACCAUUAGUAGUGACGCUCCACCCAGUGAAAGUUUUACUCCCGCUGCAUCCGCAUCUGCAUUAAAAAAUAAAUCCGUAUCCGUUGUUUCUCUAAUCAAUGGCGGCUGUGUCAAUCGAAAAGUGCCAAAUGUGCGUCCAGUAGUUGUUUCGUCACCGCAUCAAUAUCAUCGGGCCCCAUUAAUUGUUAAUAUGACGACAAAGUGUCUCGAUAGACCACCACCUCCGUUACCCCAAGCCAUGGCAACUAUGAUGGCUCCUAUGCCAUCUCCAUUAUCUUCUUCGUCAUCGUCAUCGACUUUAACGUCAUCAAAUUCGUCAACGUCAACGUCAUCAUCAACAGCUUCGACCAGCACAGUAUUAGAAGAAGGUUAUCAUCGUUUCUCUAAAAUUGGACCAACUUUGACAACAGAGAAUCCAACGACAACAACUGCCACUAUUCCUAUGGAUAGCAGUCUUGCAUUUAAUCGUAAUGCCCCGGUGUAUUGGACACUACAGAACCGUCGCCAGAACAAGCCACCACCAACAACUGCAGGAACAUGCAGAGAUGACUUAUAUGCUGUUCCCAUAAGUCGUGCUAAUAGGAAUGCCUUAACCAAGAGCAAUGCUGAGUUGCAACGCGCCACCAAUAUCUCACCAAUUGUACCGAGAAACAGGAGCAAUUUCUUUACUUCGACACCAACUAAACCAUAUCAGAAUUCAGAAAGCAUACCGACUGCCGAAAACACACCAUCAAUGCAGCCAAGCACACGAUCCUUCCAAAAAGGCGACGAGAACAACCCAGAGCGCUUGAAUACAUGUUCUGAUCGCAUUGGCAAUAGUAAAACCACUCUGAUGGACUUCAAGAAACUUCUUCUGGCCAAGUCAGUCAAGAAUACCCCAGUGAAGAAGCUCUCAGCUGUGGAAUUGUUAAAGAUGAACAAGCGUGAAGCUGAGAAAGCCGAAGCAGCAGCUGCAGCCACAGCAGCCAAUGGAAGCGAAAACAAAACCUCCUCUGCACAAUCCCUUAACUCAACCAUGACUUUAUUAGAUCUGAGUGGAUCGCCGAAAACAUUCGCAAAUCGAAGGAUGUUACGUCAGGGACAGUUUGGGUCACCUUCAAAGUCGUUUGCCCCCAAACAACGUUCAGCUCAGUGGCGAAUGAACUCAAUGCGAACUGAUGUCAUAUCCACAACCAUUCCGGAGGCCAAUAGCGAGGAAGACCAUUCCAAUUCAAGCGGUGGAUCUAAUCACAGUGGCUCGAAGCCCAGCUCAGAGGCCGGAGAUGCGAUUCACGAUCGUAAUGAACUGAUAUCAGAGGAGAAACUUGAUCUGAAAAAGAACAUCUUCUUACAAACCGAAGAGAACAACUUCAUGAAAGGUGAAUUAAAAAUUCCAUUUGGAAGAACAACGCCACAGGUUGUUGGAAAAUACGUUAAGAAUACGCCACAAUUGGUGAGCAACAGACCAUUAAGAGUAUCUCAAUCCAACUUUACGUCGUCGUCAACUAUUUUGACCACAACACCAGCUGUCGUCACAGCAACUCAAACUGCCAAUCGAAACUAUGAAACAAAUGAAUUGAUUUUAAAAAGCAAUAAUACAACUGCAUCUCAAAAUAAUAAAAUAAAAAGUAUCGCAGCUAGUAUGAAUAUGAAUAUGAAUUUGAAUAAAGAAGCAAUUACAACAAUUUCUCCAGCCUUGGAAACGGCUCUUUAAAAAUUAUUAUAAACAAAAAAUUGUUUAAUAAAUAUUAUAUUCGUAUAUGAUUAUUUAAUAAUACUAAUUUAUAUGUUAAAGUUUGCAUUUCAUUUUUUUUUUUAAAUUCAUAAUUUAUAAACGUGUGUAACUUAGUUUAAAUUUAAUUAUUAAGUUUUUUACAUAAAUGCAACAAGAAUUUGCAAAAUUUAAAUAAAAUAUUUAUAAAAAAAAUUAUAUUAUAGAAAAUUAAAUUAUAAUAUAUUGAAAAAUUA